AUGCCUCCCCUGCCCCUCGACGAGCGCAUAGUGGUCAUCCAGCGCCCUAAGACCUUGGCCUUGGGUGAAUCACCUCCCCAGACCAUCCAGCAGCACUCCUCACACAUCUCUUCCUCCGCAAACGGCCAACUCCCUCGUUCGUCUCAAUUCCAUCCACCACAGUCCAACUUCUACUCCUCGACCUGCAAGUCUCUGAGUUUGGAAUGCAAGCGGCGGACAUCUCGUACUCCAAAACACCCGGGGAACCUGCCUGUCGUUCCAGUGGGGGUUCGACACUCCCCUAGCUACUGCCACAGCAAUGGCACGGUGACCCUACCCUCCCACACACAUACUAUCGAUAUCAAAGUGACAGUAGACAAAGGGGGCCGUGGAGCUGGACGCAGCAACUCUUUGCGGGGAAAUGCAAUUGCCAAAGGCGGUCGUGGGAAAUGCAUUUUGUCACAAGUAGAUCCAGAACCAUGUAAUAGGAAGCUACAGGUACCGGCUGGGAGAUCGGAUGGAGUAGAGAGGUGUCAGCGAAGUCACCAAAGACAAUUAAGCCUGUCUCCUGGAGGAGGGCUGCAGUUUGUCCCAGCACAGUCCCAGACUAAAUUCAGGGCUGAAAAAGAAAGCAGCACCUACCACACCCAAAACAAUCAGGAGUAUUCUUCCUUGGGACACAAGAAAACCUCCAAACUGGGAACGGUCCAUCAAAGCCAUAACACUCACAGUCUGCCGUACCAGCACAACACGGUCCCCCUGCCCCAUGCCUCCGUCCUGAAUUCAAACUUCACCCCCUCACCUCCCUCCCAGCCCCCCCAGCCCCCUAACCCAAUCAAACAGCUCACCCAGCCCCGCCCGUCCCGCCCUAGAGACCCACGCCCGCACCUUCUCCAUGGCCUGCCCUUGUCGCCCGGCUCCUCACACAAUGGCACCUUCCCGAGUCCAGACCACACCUGCACUAUCGACUGCACUCACCCGUUCAGCUGCAGCUGCUGGAGGAUGCUGAGAUGCAGGGGUUGUAAAGGCCGUUCGGCGAGCUGCCACGGAGGAGGCGGGAGCACGUCCACCGCGUUCUCCUGCGUCCAUAAUGUCACGGCAGUCAACAAAAGGGGAAGCAAAGACAUCAAGCAUUUAGGGGGCUGUUUAUCCACUGCUUCAACAACCAACACCUCAUCUUCUAAUAGCACUGUGUCCGACUGCCGCGGGAAAAUGUUUAAGCCUUGUGCUUCCUGUUCUGGGGACGCGAGCACCUAUGAAAGUCCUGCGAUACUUCGAAAAAGAUUGGUCGGAGGGUGUUUGCCGUGUAACCCCUUGUCUUCUGGCCCCAUCCGAGCGCUGCAGAGCUGUGUCACAGGCUGUAAUCCUAAGACUUCACAAACAGGCAGCUCCACAUGUAGUUAUUGUAGUAGUGACCCGAUAGUUGUAACGUAUAACCCUCAUAGGCCCAAACCUCCCGCAGCAAGAGCAAUUGGAGGAGGUCAGCCUGUGGGAAUGUACCCGCAUGAUGAUGAUGACUACAAUGUUCGCAAUAUCUGGCCUGAAGAACUGGCUAAAAAGAUGGCCCGUUCAAAGUCACAGAAUCUGCGUCCAGGGCAAAUGGGGAAAUCCUGCCCUAAUCAAUCACACAAUAUCGGCAAUGGAACAAGUUUCCUUUUGGACUGUCAAAACCUCCCAGAUUACGGCCACACCCCGGAUUAUGAAGGACGACACAGAUUUCCACAAGGAAAAAUUUCCGCAUUCGAUUUUAAAGGUUACAGGUCAGGGCACGAUGAAGGCCACAAUUCACUGAACAGACUGAUUACGAAGGAAGAUAGAGGACUCAGGGAGCAUCUCGACACAGACCAUGAUGCCACAUAUCCUCACGCUCCUCCUCGCCCUAAAUCUCCCCCGUCACCAGUGUCUUUCUCUCCGCCACCCUCUGCCCCCAGCACGCUGAUCAAACCCAAGCCAAGGCCACGGGACGGAGGCCAUUCUCUGCCCUCCGCACAGUCCCUGCACCUGGCCUUGAACUCCUUCAACAGAGGGCAAGACGAGGAGAACAGCAGAAGACACCUGACGCUGCCACUCUCCUCCUCACUGCCUGCGUGUCUGUCCGAAGAGAGCGCCAUGACUCCGGAUGCAGAGAAUGCCGUCAUUAGUCCCAUCCUACCUUUCCUUUACCUUGGGAACGAGCGAGACGCCCAGGACUUGGAUCUGCUGCUUCGACUCAACAUCGGCUUUGUGGUGAACAUCACCACUCACCUGCCCCUGUACCAUCAGAAGUCUGGUCUGCGCUACAAGAGGCUGCCAGCCACUGACAACAGCAAGCAGAACCUGCGACAGUACUUUGAGGAAGUUUUCGAGUUCAUUGAGGAGGCAUAUCAGAGUGGACAGGGGGUCCUAGUGCACUGUCAAGCCGGUGUGUCCCGCUCUGCCACAGUGGUCAUUGCUUAUCUCAUGAAGCACACCCUCAUGACUAUGACAGACGCCUACAAGUACGUGCGGAGUCGGCGCCCAGUGGUUUCCCCCAAUCUCAACUUCAUGGGUCAGCUGCUUGAGUUUGAGCGAGACCUGAACUCCGGAGUCACCCCUCGAAUCCUUAUGCCCAAACUUAACGAAGACAAGAGCCAAGGCCCGGAGAGCCGCAGAGGGGGAAAGACAGCGCUGAGGAGGAUUCAUUACGGGAUGAAAGGAGACACCCCAGUGAACAGCACCAUGAGCGUGGGUCAUGCCAGGAAGCUGGUGGAGCAGUUAAAGAUGGAAGCCAGUUUCUGCAGGAUAAAGGUGUCAAAGGCUGCAGCGGACCUCAUGGCCUACUGUGACGCACACGUCCGUGAGGACCCCCUCAUCACCCCGGUGCCCACUUCAGAGAACCCCUUCAGGGAGAAAAAGUUCUUCUGUGCUCUGCUUUGA